UGUGAGUGCACGUCAUGACAGGCCGUAGGGGAAGAGAAGUUGUCUUUCCAUCGUAGGAAAGUUGGUGGAAGAACAAAAAAAGGAGCAUGCCAUCAUAAAGUGGAUCGGAGGGGAUAAAAGAAGAAAAAAAUGGAGGAUCGGGGCACAGAGACGGCACAGCAAGAAGAGCCUCUGUAUGAUUUCCCAGAGCCCUCCCAGGACUCACAGCGCAAGUUGUUGGGGCAUCAAAGGGGUCGAGGAUCCCUGAGAAGCAUCAGCGUACUGGACCGUCUCCUGCUCACAGUCCCUGUCUGGCUUCAGCUGUCAAUCAACCCUGCAACUGCACUGCAUAUACUGCGAAGGGAGCCUCCAGGGAACUUCCUGGUUCGAAAGUCUCGCACAUCCCAAAGAAAUGUGCUUUGUGUGCGUUUGGCGGAUGACAGUGUGCCGUCCUUCGUUCAGCAGUUUGGCAUCAUAGAGGAGCAGUCCUGUAAGACUCUGUCUCUAGAGACUUCAGCCAUCAGCUUCCCAGAUCUCCCAAGACUCAUUUCCUUCUACUGUGUCAGCAGAGAUGUAUUGCCAUUCCCGCUGGAGCUUCCUGAUGCCAUUGCAAAGGCAGCGUCGCACAAAGAGCUGGAGUCCAUCUCACAUAUGGGAAUAGAAUUCUGGAGUUCCCAUCUAAAUGUCCGUGGCCCACGGGAAGCACCAAAGCCCCAGAAAGAUGAAGACAAGAAACCAGAUGCUGUACCAUCAGCCCCGCCUGCUACUGCUGCACCCCAAACAAGUUCUGCAGCUCAGCCUGACUCAGCUCCACAGCCUGACAACCAGCUCCGUAAAGCUCCUGAAACAGACACUGGCACUAAACCAUCAGGUCCAAAUACCGCCUUGUUCCACGAGUUUUGUCCGAUCACGACACGCAGCCCCAGUGAGCUGGACUGUGGCUCCGGCAUGGGCGCUCUCUGUUUCAUCAACCCUCUUUUCCUGCAAUCUCAGAACGCUUUAUGCAGACGACGCAUGUUCAAGCGCAGCCUCAAGGUUCGGAUUUCCACAGAGACGUCCACUCCUCUGUCACCACCACUCGCCCCGCCGCCUCCUCCGCCUCUGAUGCCGAAAAAGAAGGGGAGAUGUAAAGUGCAGAAAGGGGGACAAGGAACUGCUCAACCCACUCCUAUUGAUCUAACAGCUGAAGAUACACAGCCUCAACUUCCCACACAGAAAGCUCCCAUUGAAGUGCAGCCUCCAUCAGCAUCUCCUCACCUCCAGCCUGAGAUGCAGGAGCAGAGCCGAACACAGAUCGAAGCAAACCAAAGUAAAACUGGAGUCAGAGGAAAGUUCCCUACAGCUCAGCUAACGUUAACAGAGAAUCUUCCAGAUGACUCAGACUACAUGAAGCCCUCUCCAGUGAUCAAUCCUUCCCAAUCCCCCUUUCUCUCUCCUUACCUGUCUCCAUCUGUUUCUCCCAUGGCACCUCCCCUUUUCCCCAAAAUGUCCCCGUCCAUCUCACCUCGUGACUCCCCCGGUGCUUCUCCCUCCCUAUCGCCUUAUCAAUCCCCGUCUUUAUCUCCCAAGGCUCCCUUUUCUCUCUCUCCAUAUGACUCACCCAGUAAUUCACCCUCUCGUUCCCCUUAUGACUUCCCAUCUCCCUCUCCUCAGGUCCCCUUCUCUCUCUCCCCCUUCAUCUCCCAGUCUUUCUCUCAGCUGACAGAACAGGCUUCUUACACUCAAGCUUCUCCAGAGAGGGAGGCGGAGAAGGACGAAGCAGGUGUGGAUGAACAAAGGGAUGAAGGCGGUGAAACAAAAGAAGCUCUGCUCAACGACAGGGAAGAAGAGGAAAGGAAUUUGGUUUUACAGAUGAAUGCUGCAUCUUUAAAUGACACAGAGACUCCACAGGACUCACUCAACGAACAGGCCGAUGGUACAAGCCUUUAGUGAACAUCUGAGACUGGAACUGAAUUAGAUUAUGUAAUGUCAGGAAACAUUCUUUAGAAACUCUUGGAAUUGUAAUGGAGACAGUCAUAAUACCGAUUUAUUUUUAAAAUAAAGCAAAACUUUGAA